CUGCGCGUGCGCAAUGAGCGCUCGUCAAGUUGCAGGAAAGCAGUCGAGCAGAGUGUUCAGUGGUGAGGAGUCAGAGGGAGGAGACGGAGUCAGACGGAGGUGAAGACAUGAAGCAGGAGAACACGCCGCGUCUCCUCCUCCGCCUCCUCUGCUAAACACGCGCAAAACACGAGCGUGGAAAUCUGCGGCGGAACGCGCAGGGUGUGUGUGGGGGUGGGGGGGGAGAAAGACCGGGGACAGAGCCAUGGCGACGGCAGGAGGAGGAGUGCGACGGAGGAGCAGGUGCAAGAGGAGAACUGGGAUUCUCUUGGGAUUCUGCUGGAAAACCUGCUACUUCCCACUGCUGCUGUGGGUCGUGUCCGCGUGCGGGGAAGAGAAGACGUUCAUCGUGGAGACGUGGCUGAAGAACUACGGCUACCUGCUUCCUCACGACCUCCGUACGUCAGACCUGCGGCAGGAAAAGGCCAUGCAGUCGGCUGUGGCGGCCAUGCAGCGCUUCUACGGCAUCCCUGUGACUGGAGUCCUGGACGAGACCACCAUAGAGUGGAUGAGGAGACCUCGCUGUGGCGUCCCAGAUCAUCCUCACACCAGCCGCCGUCAGAGAAACAAACGCUACGCACUGACAGGACAGAAAUGGAGAGAUAAAAAGAUCUCGUACAGCAUUUCUAACUUCACCCCUAAAGUCGGGGAGAAGGACACACAGAGAGCGAUACGACAAGCUUUCAACGUGUGGCAGACGGUCACGCCGCUCUCCUUCCAGGAGGUGCCAUACGCCGAAAUCAAAAAUGAGGGUAAGGAGGCGGACAUCAUGAUCUUCUUUGCCUCCGGUUUCCACGGUGACAGCUCCCCGUUUGAUGGCGAAGGUGGCUUCCUGGCCCACGCCUAUUUCCCCGGCGCCGGCAUCGGAGGAGACACGCACUUCGACUCCGACGAGCCGUGGACACUGGGGAACGCCAACAACGACGGCAAUGAUUUGUUCCUGGUUGCGGUCCACGAGUUGGGUCACGCCUUGGGUCUGGAACACUCCAACGAUCCCAGUGCCAUCAUGGCUCCUUUCUACCAGUACAUGGACACGCACAACUUCAAACUGCCUCUGGACGACCUGCAGGGAAUUCAGAAAAUCUACGGUAUCCCCACAGCCUUGUUGGAACCCACCAGACCAUUACCCACCUUACCUUCUCGACGAACGCACUCCACAUCCGAGCGAAAGCACUCCCGCCCAGCACGUCCAGCGGGUGACCGACCCGCGCUGCCCGGAAAUGGCAAACCCAACAUCUGUGACGGCAACUUCAACACUGUGGCCUUCUUCAGACGAGAAAUGUUUGUCUUCAAGGACCGAUGGUUCUGGCGCCUGAGGAACAACAAGGUGCAGGAGGGUUACCCCAUGCAGAUCGAUCAGUUCUGGAAAGGCCUGCCACCUCGCAUCGACGCUGCCUAUGAGAGAUCUGACGGAAAAUUUGUCUUCUUUAAAGGUGAUAAGUUCUGGGUGUUUAAGGAGGUGACGGCAGAGCCGGGUUACCCUCACAGCCUGGUGGAGCUGGGCAGCUGCCUGCCCAAAGAUGGCAUCGACGCGGCGCUGCGCUGGGAGCCGGUCGGGAAGACCUACUUCUUCCAAGGAGACCAGUACUGGCGCUACAAUGAGGACAAGCGCACCGUGGACCCAGGGUACCCGAAACCCGUCACUGUGUGGAAGGGAAUCCCAGAUUCACCACAGGGGGCCUUUAUCAGCCGGGAGGGAUACUACACUUACUUCUACAAAGGGAAGGAAUACUGGAAGUUCGACAACCAGAAGCUGACAGUGGAACCCGGAUAUCCAAAGUCCAUCCUGCGUGACUGGAUGGGCUGUGAUCAGUCGGACAUGGAGCGCUCUGGCGGCAGCGGUAACCGCGGAGACCGCCAGCUGCCGCUGGACGACGUGGACAUCAUGGUGACCAUCAACGACGUCCCGACGACGGUCAAUGCCAUCGCCGUCGUCAUCCCUUGCAUCCUGUCGCUGUGCAUCCUGGUGCUGGUGUACACGAUUUUCCAGUUCAAGAACAAAGGAGUGCAGCAGAAUACCAUGACGCCGCACUUCUACAAAUACCCCGUGCAGGAGUGGGUAUGACAGGCAACUCUCCCCCAAGUGGUCACACUGUUAGCAAGCCGACGUUGGCUUGAAUGGCCAAAGGAUUGUGGGACUCGAACCCUGAUUGGCCAGAGACUCGUGCCUGUCUGUGUAAAACACAAAGUUUACUGACUUUAUCUUUUUGAAGAUGUGUAAAAGAAAGUGGAGGAGGAACUGAAUGUCUUCAGUCUCAAUUAAUCGACUGACUCAACACAUAAAUCUCCUUCUCAGUGAAAACAAAAGAGGAAAGAGAGACUUUCCUAAGCCAGAUACCACGUCCAAGUUACUUCUCCAGUGACAGCUUGUUAGUGUGAACUUCAACUUGGGAGUCUGGGAAAAAAAAUCAGAAAAUAAAAUGUAAUAAUUCCAAAAAAAAAACUUGAAGUUAAAUGUAGGUAGAAAGGCCAUAACAAAAAGAAAACCAAGGAUCUCUCUGUGGUUUAGUUUGUUUUUUAGUUGUAUGGAUCUAUAAAAUGUGCCCUCUCUGGGUCGGGGAAGAGGUCCUGCCUCAAGUGGAGGAGUUUAAUUACCUCAGGGUCUCAUUCACGAGUGAGGGAAGGAUGGAACAGUAGAUCGACAGGCGGCUCGGUGCGGCGUCGGCAGUAAUGCAGACACACAGGUGAAGCUCUCAAUUUACCUUUCGAUCUACGUUCCAACUCUCUCCUACGGUCAUGAGCUUUGGGUAAUGACCGAAAGAACAAGAUUGCGAAUACAAGCGACUGAAAUGAUUUUACUCCUCGUGGUAGCCAGGCUCAGCCUUAGGGAUCAGGGUGAGGAGCUCGGACAUCUGGGAGGGGCUCAGAAUAGAACCGCUGCUCCUCCACGUCGAGAGGUGGUUGAGGUGGUUCCUCACAACAACGGAGCGGAACAGAUUUAUAAAUCCAUCACAGAGGUCCCGUCUCUCUUUUUUCGCCGCACACAACAACAACAACAACAACAACAACAUCCUCUCAAGCAUUAUCUCAGAUCUUAAAGUCAAACACUUUUUUAAAAGCUGUGUCGAUCGACAAAAUGCGGCCCAGAACUGUGCGUAGAAGAGUGAGUCGUCAGCGUACAGUGACAGUGCAGAAGUCUUAACUCUGUCCCAGCAGACUUUAACAUUCAACAUAACCACCGCCUCAUGAUGUGUUCACACCGAACGUGAUUUAUCGCGCCACGGGAUCAUUUUGUGACGCAUUUCUUUUCACCAUCAACCAAAGCAUUGUUGCACUCUCAUGUGGAAACAUCUGCAGAGAAGAAAGCGUCGUCUUGUGGUGGAUUCACAACAUUACAUUACAUGUCAUUUAGCAGACGCUUUAAUCCACAGCAACUUACAAUGGAAUUGAGUAAAAUCAGCCAGGGUUGGAGUCGAACUUGCGACCAUUGUGACCAUUGCGACCAUGAUGUCUUUUGCACACAGGGCAAAAGACAGGGUACCGGUCUUAACCACUGAGCCACUCCACUCCACGGCCACACGGAGCCGACACAACAUGGAGAUCUUCACCGUUAACUUUGGGAGCUUCACAAUGUUGUGUCCGUCUCCGUGUGGUUGUUGUGAAUCCACCACAAGACGACGCUUUCUUCUCUGCAGACGUUUCCACAGAAGAUAAAGUGUCGAACAGCUCCGAGUGUCCACACACAGAAAUUAUACACUUCCCAGAGCGGAGUCUGGACGCUGGCGAGUAUGUGACGUCAUCCGGAGAAUCUCAGCGCUGAUUGGCCGUCGCGAUUUGUGCGAUAGACACGUCCGGCCUGAACACGGAACGAGUUACGACGCUGCUGCAAGUGGAAAAAAAGAAAAUCUUUUAGACUUUUAACUCCGCGUGACGCCAGUUUCAUCAACAUGUGGUAAAAAAUUACAACCAUUUCGUUGGUCAUGAAGGCAGCGGUGUAUAUAUGUGUAUAUAUAUAUAUAUAUAUAUACAUAUAUAUAUAUAUAUAUAUAUAUAUACACAUACAUAUAUAUAUACAUAAGGGUUUCUAUCACACAGUUUGCAUUUUAUUCAUGAAUGUUACAUCACAUGUUUUUUAUACCUUUGUUUCUAUUUCAGACAACUUGUUAUUUAUUUCCUAUUUAUAGAAAUUUAAAUAUAAUGUGUUGUCUCAUUUUACAUGGUUAUUGCUACUUUAAAGAGAUUGGAUUUCAAUUAAACCGUCUUGGUUUUUUUGCAGGUUAGGGUGAAGUCUUUUCGUUAAGCUGGUCUUGACGUUACUCCAACAUUGCGAAGUUUUAAAUGCAAAGUCGGUAAAUGUGUCUUAAAACUCACAGGAACUUUUAAGUUCUUCUUUAAAAUUUAGCUUUAACAUUUUUAUUUAUUAAAUUUCUUUGAAGGAAAAUAAAAUAAAUGUAUUCUUAUUUGGGGUUAGAAUCGCCAGAGACACCACCAGAGAUACGAUAUUAUCUCGAUAUUUAAGUCACGAUGCGAUAUUAGCACGAUAUCACAGAAGUAUUUGCAAAUUUAUAUUGCGAUACACUCACAACAGUGCCAGCGAGCACUUGGCACCAUCCAGUUGACGGAAUUGAUUUUUUUUAUGAUAAUUUUAACACUUGAAUGUUUAUUUGUAACGUCAGUUAAAAAAUUAUGUGCGAAAUGGUGUCUAAUAUCGCCACACGAAAUAUUGCGAUAUUUCACCUUUUCGAGUCGCAGGAAGCUGUUAAAUUGUAAUAAUAAUAAAGUGUAGCCUCAUUACUUUUCCAUGUUUUGGGGUGUUUUAACUUAAAGCUUCCAGUGACCUCUUAGCUUAGCUUUGCUUUGCUUAGUGUAGCUUUUUGUAUUUUAUUUGCCUGAAAAUACAUAAAAAGAAUCGGAUCAAGCGAAAUUAUGAUAAUUUCAAACAAAAAGUGUAUUUUCAAACAAAUACAAAACAAUAAACUAAGCUAAGCUUGCUUUUUUGUUUGAUGACAUUGACACAAAACUAAUUCCAUAACAAAUCUGCUGACUCACCCCUGUUAGCGUAGCUGUUAGCUUCACCGGCAGAGGAGGCGUCGCAGAGCUGAGCUUGUUUGUUUGUUUUUUGGUUCAUUUGUUGUUUUCCCUCAUAUUUCUGUCUUGCGGUGAAAGUGAAGCAGGACAGCGAGAGGACAGUGGACAGAGAGGUGGAGGACAGCUGGGUUUGGAUGGAGGACGAUAAGCUGGCGUGUAGGAGGAGCUGGACAGAGGACACGUGUGGGUCUGUAUUAGCAUUCUGUCAACAUCAGCUGACCUUAAUGAAGUUACUCCUGUUCACAAAGCUUUAAUGGAAACGACAUCUCUCGCUUUAAUCCCACUGUCCUCCCUUCCCCUUUACUCACCGUCUUCUCGUAAUUGUCUCUGCCAGCACUGACCUCUCGUCUCUGUGCUGAGUCACUCUCUUCAUCUGUCCGUCUGUCCCCCCGCCCACACUCGCCUCUCAUUUGGCUGCGUCUGUUGUAGUUUCACAGUUUGACGAUUGAACGCUUCGUUCACACAGAAAACGAUGUCUUUGGUGUUUAAAGACCAGGGACCCGAAUCAUUUACAGACAUACCUGUAACAAUUUACAUCAUUUUGAAUUGGCAAAGAUUAUGCAAAUUUGUUGAAAAAAUGAUUCAAGGCCCUUGUAAGUUUUUGAAAAUUGCUCUAAAUAGACAUGGGUCAUUGAACAUGCUUGAAUCAUCUGCCAGAAAGAAGUUAAUAUUUAGAUAAAUGUCUCCUGCUGCAAGAUGUCCCCUUCAGGGUUUCCAAAGGUCCUUGAAAUCCUUGAAGGUUUGUGAAUGGGGCUGGGGAUUCAAGGCCCCUGAAAGUUUUGAAAACCAUCCAAUAGAGAUUUUUAUUACGACGCCACCUACCGUUUCAUGCCCUGCGUUGUGUGAUGUAUGUCGACGAGGCCGACGCAGGACAAACGUGGACUGAUAGUUACGAGCCGUGUUGUGGACACGUGAGAUUCCGUGCAGAACAAUGAGCGAGUAAAGUUGAGAAAAUGACGACGUGAUCCUGUGAGAUCUCCGUCUCACCAAACACAAACAACAAAGACUGACUUUGACCAAGAUCCCCAGGACAAUCACUGUCCUUAAAUUUGAGGGAAUUGGUCCUGGAAAGUCCUUGAAAAGUCUUUGAAUUUGAUGUCAAUCAAGGUGUGGGGACCCCGACCAUGGUGUGCAGUAAUCAUUGAUAAAGUAUUGGUAAAAAACAGAAAAGACCAAAGUUAAUCUUGUCCAACUUAACUUUGUAUUAAAGUACAUUUACCUGCAUUUAAAAGAACACGGGAGGUAGUCCAUACAUUUAAAAUGGGACAUGGCGUCUCUCCGCUCGCCUCCAUUGCACCUCAUCCACGACCGUCGCCAUCCCACAGUAAUUGAAUGUGUUCUUGCGACACAGCCUCGCAGAUUAGCUGCCACUUGUCGAGAGCAAUUCAGCACAAAUCGAUGGAGUGUCUCCAUUCCUCCCCUGGGUUUUUCAGUCGACACAGAGUGGAGACGUGAGUGAACACGGUUCACCCGCCUCCGUCUGUGGGAACACGGAAUGUUUUCAGAAGGAAAAUUGCCUACCGCACAAAAACCUUGUCCUUGUGUUUCCCCCGGCGUGAGAACAAAAGCUGCAGCGUAAAUAUCGAAGCAGAAACGUUAAAGUCCUUGAAGGAGGCGUUUGGGAUUUUGGACGAAAUGAUGAUGACAAUGAUCUCAUGAUGAUGGUUUUCAUUAGCAAUAACUUCUCCUCUUCACUGUUGGAUCAAAACACCUGAAAAUGUAGCUUUGCAUCAUAGAAAGAAAAAGAAAAUUGUGAGCAAAGGGGUCGAUUUCCAGAAACUUUCCACGGGAAUUCAUGAUAAUUAACUGGAAAUUUGGGAUAAUUGGCCUGGAGUGGAACUCUUGUCUGCUGCAUGUGUUGGGGUUAGGUCCUUUAAUGCUGUGUUCACAUGCGAUUUGUCGCGCCACAGGAUCAUUUUGUGCGUUAUGUGACGCCAACAGAAGUCGCUUAGCAUUUCUUUUCACCAUCAACCAAAGCACUGUUGCUCUCUCUGUUUGUGGAAACGCCUGCAGAGGAGAAUCCGUCCAUCAAUAACCACACGGAGGCCAGUUUCACCGCUACCUUCAACUGGCUCUCGUCCACACGGAGCUCCCCCGAAUUUAACGGUGAAACUUGCCGCGUUGUGUCCGAUUCCGCGACGGUUGCCGUGAAACAAGACGACGGUUUAAAGUGAUAAAGAGAGAAUGUGUCGUAAUAAUACGCUUACCCGAGCGGAGUCUGGACACUGGUGAGUACAUGACACCGUCAUUUUAUGCGUGUUAACAAACCAAAAACAUUUUUGGGAAUCACUGCUGUACAGUACCAUGGAACUCAAGCAACAACAUGGUUCUCUUGACGGUACCAUGCAGGGUUCCCAAGGUGCCUUCAAAUACUUGAAAGGUUUGUGAAUUUGAAGAAUGCUCUUGAAUUCAUUUUUUCACAAACUUUGAAGGAUUUCAAGGACCCGUGGGAAACUUAAAGGGCACAUCUUGCAGCAAGAGACGUGUAUCUAAAUAUGAACUAAUUUCUGGCUGAAAAUUCAUGCACUUUCAACGACCCAUGUUGAUUUAGUGCGAUUUUCAAAACCAUUCACAAACAUUCAAGGAUAUCAAGGCACCGUGGGGACGGUUUCUCCUCCGCAGACGUUUCCACAACAGAUAAGUGUCGUAGAGCUCCGAGCAUCCACACAGAAGCGUCGGCCUUGAUUUUGUCGCGUGUGUGAGCGCAGCGUAACUCGCCCGGUGUGUGAGCGCAGCGUAACUCAUGUUGCCUUUAGUUCCUCACGUUCUUUUCUCUAAAACAUACAUACGUAAACAUUUACGAUAAAUGUAGGUGAAUAAAAACAUAUCAGAGCUAGUCUGGGCAGAGUUUUUGAAGUGAAAAUCUUUGGGGUUAAUAUCACAAUUAAGUUUUAUCAGAAAUAGCUUUAAAAAAAAAAAAACGGCGACUCACUUAAUUUUGUUUUUCUUAUUAAAAAAGAGACGUUUUGUGUAAAUAAAGUUCUGAUUUCUUUUUCUGGGUCUUUUUAAAAAAAUAAAAUAAAAGGGUUGAUUAUUAAAAUCUAAAAAAUCACAUUUUUACAUCACAAACUGUUUUUUUUUCUUUUUUAAUUACAAAAUUAUUUUUCUUCUCUCACGACGAUGAACCUUUUUUCAUUCUUUGCACAUGAUGUUGUACUGUUUUUAUGACGACGCUUAUGCAGAAAUAUAGGCAUGUUUACAUUGACUCUAUAGUUUUAUUGCUAAAGUUUUAUUAUUUAUUAAAACAUGACGUUUUUUUUUUAUUAUUUAAAAGGUUCUUUUGUCCCGUGUUGAUUAUAUACCAAUAACACAAUGUUUCUGUUAACAAAGAAAUGUCAAUAAAAGCAUUUUCAUUGU